UGGAGCACGCAGCACAGCCAGUGUGUGUGUUAGCUUGAACGUAGCGGUGAUGAUUUGUCCAACUUCCAGAUAACCUGCAGCCACGCCAAAAUGACAGACUACGCCGAAGAGCAAAGGAAUGAACUCGAAGCUAUAGAGUCCAUCUACCCAGACUCUUACACAGUGCUUUCAGACGACCCCACCAGCUUCACCAUCACUGUGACAUCAGAUGCAGACGAAAAUGGUGAAAUCGUGGAAGCAACGCUUAAGUUCACGUACGUAGAGAAAUACCCGGAUGAGCCUCCGCUGUGGGAGAUCCACUCCCAGGAGAACCUGGAGGACGACGACGCGGAGGACAUCCUCACCUUACUGCAGCAGCAGGUCUGUCUGUCUCAACUUAAUAUUAUCUCUUCAACAGAUAUGGGUUCCUGGUCCAAAUCCUGUAUCCACUGCUGGUCUGUCAACCUGCCAUCUGUCUAUCUGGAGUUGUUCACACGAGAUGGCUUUGCAACGUUUUUUGUUGUUGUUGUUGUUGUUGUUGUUGUUGUUGUUGUCUACUGCCAGUCUUUUAACAGGCAUGAUCAUGGCUGUCCUAGCAUCAUAGCACUGGCUUCCUCUACAUAUUAGAAUAUAUAUAUACAGUGUGUAUAUAUUAGAAUAUAUAUAUACAGUGGGUACGGAAAGU